GUUUUAGAUGAUGAGAAAGAAAAAGAGAAUCAGUGCGUCUAUAUUUUUUUCUUGUGUAAUCAAAAAGAUGAAUUAGAAUUGUCUCAAGAAAAAAAAAGCCAGAAUCCUAUUCUAACCAUUUCCGAGGGAAAAGAAAUCUAUGUAAAGAAAAAAAAAGGGAAAAAGUAG